CGAUGAUGAAAUUGUCUCUGACAUGCUCGUAUAAUAUAAUAAUAACGAUAAUAAUAAUAAUAAUACAACCUUUAUAUUGUUCAAGUAUAUCGUGGAGUAAAUCAAUGGGUGCGAUUUUUAAUGGCACUAUUUUUUUUCAUCACACCGAAAAUUUUUUGGAACCAGUUGCAAUAAUCGCCAAUUACAAUCAGUACUUUAUUAACAAGAAAUGUUGAGGGUUCUCUGUAGGAACCGGGGUAGAAUACCGAUGAGGGUACAGUUAGUGACUUCGUUAACUGUGUCCUCGCUGAAAUGGUACUCUACUCGUGAAGAAAUAUACGAAAAGGUUAAUGAAAUGCCCCGGAUUCAUCCUCUUCUUCUUGAACGAGCUGAAAUUAUCAGUCAAGAACAUAAGGCCCUAAGUGAUACCCUUUCCAAUAGUAAUGAAUUUAAUCAAGAACUUUCCACAAAGUUCUCUAAUUUAAGUUUUGCUAUAGAGAUAUAUAGUCGAUACAAGGAACAACUUACAACGCUAGAUGAAUUACUUGAAAUGGUUGAAGAGCCCAACCAAGAUCCUGAGAUCAUUAGUGAAGCUUUUGAUGAAAUAGAUACUUUAUUACCAGAAUUAGGUCAGACUAUUCGAAAAUUACAGAAUAGAUUGCCUCCUCCAUUAAAAUUUGGUGAUAAACCAACUAUCAUUGAAUUAAGACCCGGUGUAGGAGGUGGUGAAGCUGGACUUUUUACGGAAGAUUUGAUGCAGAUGUAUAUUAAUUAUGCUAAUAUAAAGCGAUGGAGAUGGGAAUUGGUUAGUAAGAAUGAAGGUAGUAACGGAUUUCCUAAUGAAAUCAUCAUUAAUAUUAAUGAGCCGGGAUCUUAUAAUGAAUUAAGAUUUGAAAGUGGAGUUCAUCGAGUACAAAGAAUACCAGCAACUGAGAAACAAGGAAGAAUUCAUACAUCAACAGCUGCAGUUGUUGUCUUACCAAAAAUGUCUGAAGGUAAUGAGAAAUCAUUAAAGGAAGAUGAAAGACAAUUUCAGCCAGGAGAAAUUAGAAUAGAUACUAUGAGAUCAGGAGGUAAAGGGGGUCAACAUGUUAAUACAACGGAUUCUGCCGUUAGAUUGGUUCAUAUACCAACAGGAAUCAUUGUAGUUCAACAAGAUGAAAGAUCACAACCUAUGAAUAAAGCAAAAGCCUUUUCAAUCUUAAGAGCUAGAUUAGCUCAAUUAGAAAAGGAUAAAGAAUAUGCCGAUCAAAGAAAGAUGAGAACUGAUCAAGUUUCAACCACCGAUAGAUCUGAUAAGAUUAGAACUUAUAAUUACCCCCAGAAUAGAGUCACUGAUCAUAGAUGUGGAUAUUCAAUACAUGAUUUACAAGGAUGUAUGAAUGGUAGUAAAUUAGGUGAACUCAUUGAAAAAUUAGAAGAGUAUGAAUUUGAGUCAAGGUUGCAAGAUUUAAUUUACAACUCCAACUCACAACAACCCCAGAAAUAGAUUAAAAGUGUAUAUAGAAUGAGGGGUUUGUUGCAAUAUAUAUAUAAGUAUAAUAUAUGUUAGGACACGUUUAUCACCACACG